GGUGCCCCAAGAGAAAGACUGAAUGAUGGCUUCCAACCCCACGGAUGUGAAAGAAUUCUUAGCCAAAGCCAAAGAAGAUUUUCUGAAAAAAUGGGAAAAUCCCGCCCAGAAUACAGCCCAAUUGGAUCAGUUUGAACGAAUCAAGACCCUCGGCACGGGCUCCUUCGGGCGAGUGAUGCUGGUGAGGCACAAGGACCUCGGGAACCACUAUGCCAUGAAAAUCCUCGACAAACAGAAGGUGGUGAAGCUGAAACAGAUCGAGCAUACCCUGAACGAAAAGCGCAUUCUGCAAGCGGUCAGCUUUCCGUUCCUCGUCAGACUCGAGUUCUCCUUCAAGGACAACUCCAACUUAUAUAUGGUCAUGGAGUACGUGCCUGGUGGGGAGAUGUUCUCACACCUACGGAGGAUCGGAAGAUUCAGUGAGCCCCACGCCCGCUUCUACGCAGCCCAGAUUGUCCUGACCUUUGAGUACCUGCACUCACUCGAUCUCAUCUACCGGGACCUGAAGCCAGAGAACCUCCUCAUCGACCAACAGGGCUACAUUCAGGUGACAGACUUCGGUUUUGCCAAGCGUGUCAAAGGUCGCACCUGGACUUUGUGUGGGACCCCUGAGUACCUGGCCCCUGAGAUUAUCCUAAGCAAAGGCUACAAUAAGGCUGUGGACUGGUGGGCCCUGGGGGUCCUCAUCUAUGAGAUGGCAGCUGGCUACCCGCCCUUCUUCGCAGACCAGCCCAUCCAGAUCUACGAAAAAAUUGUCUCUGGGAAGGUCCGGUUCCCCUCGCACUUCAGCUCCGACCUGAAGGACCUACUGCGGAACCUCCUGCAGGUGGACCUCACCAAGCGCUUCGGGAACCUCAAGAAUGGGGUCAAUGACAUCAAGAACCACAAGUGGUUUGCCACAACUGACUGGAUUGCCAUCUACCAGAGGAAGGUGGAAGCUCCUUUCAUACCAAAGUUUAAAGGCCCGGGAGACACGAGUAACUUUGACGACUACGAGGAGGAAGAGAUCCGGGUCUCCAUCAAUGAGAAGUGUGGCAAGGAGUUUUCUGAGUUUUAGGGGUGUGCCUGUGCCCCGUGGGUUUUCUUUUUUUUUUUUUUUUUUUUGGGGGUGGGGUGGGAGGGUUGAAUUGAACAGCCAGAGGGCCCCAGAGUUCAUUGCAUCUAAUUUUACCCCCACCCCACCCUCAAGGGUAGGAGGAGCAGGAAGCCCAGAUUUGGGGAAGGAUGGAAACACCAGCUGCUCCCCCCUACCCCCCUGCCCUCCUGCCAGAUCACUCCACCGCUUCUCCCUGCCUCCCUCCUCCUCCACGGUCUCCCAACCCCAGCCCACUUCUGCCUGUUUUAAAUGAGUCUCUCAGCCCUAGUCA